CACGGAUAAAUUUAUUUCCAUGCUUGUGUAGCUAAACUUAUUUCUCGGAACUUUAUUCUCAUACAUCUCCAAGUAUUUUAAAGUGGUUAGAGAAUGAAAAGUGGCUUGGAAUAUUUUGCAAUCUUUUUGUACAUUAUGGUGAAUAUUCUGAAUAAACACCAAUAUCAAGCAGUGCGUUGUUACGAAUGUGACUAUUGUCCGAUAGUAACGAGUGAAUCAAUAUCAACAGACAACAAUUGUACAUCUUGCGUGAUGGGUGGUAGUGGUUUUGGAAUUCACAGAACAUGUAUAUUUGGUGCUUCGAUACCCAUUAACUUCCCAAACGAAAAUCGAGAGACUUGUUCCACUGAAUUGUGUAAUGGGAAAACAGUUGAUAACACUGCACAACGUCCACCAGGGCCUAUAGCAAAACCAAUCAGUUGCUACACUUGUUUGAACUGUACAAAAACUAACCAAAAGGUUAUGAGCGGUUGUGGUGGAUGUGUGACAACUCAUGGUUCUGGGGUUACUAGUAAAUUUUGUGGACCUACAUGUGAUCAAUUGAAAUAUGCGUAUACAGUCGGUUGUUGCUCAACAGAUAAAUGUAAUGGAAUGACAAAAUUAUCUAUUCAUCGUCAUGUUAUUGUUGUUCUGUUUGUUUGCAUGGGAAUCAGUAAAUACAUUCUCUGAAUGACUAAGUCCAUAAUCUUCACUGAUUUAUGUAAUUGCUUCAAAUUUAUAUAUAUUUUGGUCAUUUUAAUUGAAAUGUAUUGAUUAUUAAACACCUUAACUUCUUGCAUAUACAUUCACACCACUAAUUCAUUGCUUUUUGAAAUAGUUCACUAUGUACUACAUUUAUCGUAAUAUUUGUAAUAAAUUUCUAUUUUGAACGU